AUGUCGGUCUUUCUUCUGCCUUUGGAAACGUGUCGAAGCCUUGAAGGAAUAAUAAGUUCUUUUUGGUGGAAAUCCUCAAAAGACAAACAUGGUGUUAGUUGGCAUAGCUGGAAGAACUUAUGCAAACACAAAACAAUUGGAGGCUUGGGUUUUAGAGACUUUAGGGAGUACAACUUAUCUUUGCUGGGAAAGCAAGCUUGGAGAUUGUUAACUGAGGAAGAUUCUUUGGUUUGCAAAGUCUACAAAGCAAAGUAUUUCUCUACUGGCUCUUUCCUAUCUGCAUCUCUUGGUCAUAAUCCUUCGUUUAUUUGGAAGAGCAUCUAUGAAACCAAAGAUCUAAUUGUUGUUGGUGCAAGAAUUCGAAUUGGUAAUGGCUUAACUACCUAUAUUACCAACAACCCUUGGCUCCCUGGCAUGCAUCAACGAUAUACCACUUCUUCACAUCCUGCCUUAGCUGAAAACUGGGUUGCAAGUCUGCUGCAAGUGGAUCGGUCGAAUUGUGAUGCUGAUGUCGUUAAUGACUUAUUCAAUGACAGGCAGUGA